AUGGAUGUCUUCCGGGUGCGGUUGAAUUGUAUCGACCACUAUCAGGCUGCCCAGACGAGAUAUGACCCCCAACUUCGCAACGAUGUCCGUCCUUCGCAGCUCCGAAAGGAGCCUAGAGUCCCGGUCGUGCGCGUCUUUGGGUCGACCGAGACUGGCCAGAAGGUCUGCGCUCACAUACAUGGCGCUUUCCCGUACCUGUACAUCGAGUACAAGGGCAGCUUGGAGCCCGAUGAUGUUGGUGCCUACAUAUACCGGCUGCAUCUGUCCAUUGAUCACGCCCUCGCAGUGAGCUACCGCCGCAACGCCUACACAGAGAAUCCCAAAUUCGUGGCGCGCAUCACACUCUGCAAGGGUGUUCCGUUCUAUGGAUAUUAUGUCGGAUACCGUUUCUAUCUCAAGAUCUACAUGCUCAACCCCCUGGUCAUGACCCGCUUGGCCGAGCUUCUGCAACAAGGGGUUAUCAUGAAGCGGGCAUUUCAGCCCUACGAAGCCCAUUUGCAAUAUCUACUGCAGUUCAUGACCGACUACAACCUCUACGGGUGCGAUUACAUCUCCGUCCGCCACGCUCAUUUCCGAGCUCCCGUUCCUCGUCAUGGUGAUGGGGAGGUGAGCUCUCACCAUUGGCAUAGCCAGUCAGUUCCGCAUGAUUUGAUCACCGAUGACGCCGAACUCCCCCGUGUUAGCCAUUGCUCUAUUGAGGUAGACAUUUGUGUUCAAGACAUCCUCAAUAGGCACGAGAUCAGAGAACGCCCGCUGCACCAAGACUUUACCGACAUGCACGACCCGCUUCCUGCGGAUAUGAAGCUUGUUGCCAGUAUGGCCGGGUUGUGGAAAGAUGAGACCAAACGUCGGAAAAGACGCAUGGUCAACCCGGCCUCAGGGAGCAGCCCUUUCCCGCCAGAGGUCCUGGUAUCGAUGUCUGCAGACCCACGCAACUCCUCCAUGCCGGGCUGGAUCCAUGAAGACGAACACCGUGAACAGAUUGAUGAGCUCGUUCAGGAAGAGAAUCGGCAAAGCGAUGGGAAGGAGUUGAGCUUCGAUAAUUUUGUCACGCCGAUCUCUCUGGAAUCCGGGGUGAACACCAUGUUACAGGCUGUAGAAGACCUCUACCCCGAGAAUUUGGGUCUUGUAUUAGAUCCAGCGGACAGUUUAUCUGAAGAAGAGGUACACCCAACAAGCAGCAUCGAGGUCGACGAACAACGAAUUCUUGAUAUCAAUGCGGACAACGAUGGGAUGUUCCCUGACGACUCGGAUGAGGAGGGCCUUAGGCAACCAGAACCAGGUAAAUCUACUUCGACGCGAGUCGAUCUGUCGCCAAACAAGGUCGGCCAAAAGGGAUCUGACAAUCAGAUUGCGAGCAAAGAAGCCAUGCCUGUGGGUGAGCCUUCUAAGGGAUCAACCGAGUCGACGGAGUCAAGCACGAAAACGGGGGACAACAGUUUGUCGGCCUCAUCGGCAGACGGCCUUUACGCCAGCUCCUUGCGCAGUGGGAAGAUUCCGCACAUCCCUAUCGCUGAUGAGCUGAGAUCUGCAGCGCUGACACGCGGCCUGGUGACCAAGGUUGCUCGGGACUCCAAUGUCCACGAAUAUGAGGAGUCCAUCGCGAAGCGUCCUGGAACACCUACUGACGAGGACCAUGAGAUCAAGCGACGACGAGUUGAAUUUGCCUUCGAUGUCUUCGACGCCAACCACAGCAAUUCCAGUCCCACAACCCCUGUGGCACCAGACAAAGUCGAUGACAAUAUAUCGACUGAGUCUCUACCCUCCUCUCAAGGAACAAAGACGAAGACGAAGGGCGAUAAUGUCAAAGGCUCCGGUAAUCAGAUGCUCAAGUUCCCGGUGGUCAAGAAUCCAAAUGAUCCAAAUACGCAAUUACGGUUGAGUCAGCAGGGAAGCUCUCAGCCAAGCCAGGAGAGCACUGUCAAGAAGCAUGUCUCUUUCGAGCCUGUAAUUACGGAAACCGACAGCCCGGAGACUACGAGGUCUGGUUCUACUAAGAGAGACUCCGUCGGCUCCUCUUCUAGCUCCAUCAAAGGCACAAUAAUCCGUAGACUUCUCGAUGUAGGCUGCGCGCCAAGGCCAAAUGCUCAUUUUUUCGUAUUCGCACAACCACCACCUGCGGCGACAGAGGUGUUCUCUACCAUAGGUGUUGAUGGCCGCCCAGAGGUCAUUUACCAAGAUGCAUACUACAGCAACGACAAGGACGUACCACCCCGGCUACGGGAAUAUGCAGGCCAGGAUUUCCGGCUCACAAGUAAUACACUUCCAUACCUGCCCGACUUUGACGGCACUGGAUCAUCGCCAGCAUCCUUUGGUAUAAAGCCCGAUAACCCGACACCUAGGCCCUCUGAUGAACAGCUCUAUUCCAAAAUGCGGCGCGAAUGCACCUUCCAAAGCUGGGAAUUUGCCGAGCCACCUCCCUCGUUGGAGGAAGUUGAGACGUGGUGGAAUGAGACCCAGAGAAAUAAUGUUGAUGAGACGGUGCCCGCAAUGAAUAUUCAGGACCCAGAGAUGAAGCCCUACCUUUCCCAAAUUGAAGGUGCUACACCGAAGAAGUUCAAGUACUCACAGAAGAAGAAGUCAACCAGCGUGCAGUUUGAGGCCCAGUACAUGAGCACAAUGAGCCUGGAAAUACACAUCAACAGCAGAGGAAAACUAGUUCCAAAUCCAGAGGAGGAUGAAGUUCAAUGCAUCUUCUGGUGCUCCAAAUCCGAUGAGAACUUUACUACCGGCGACAACGCCUCCUUGGAAGUGCAAUCUGGCAUCAUUGUCCUCUCAGAGGACGGACUGAUGACGAAAAGACUGCAACGUCAAACUUCAGUCGAGGUGAUCGAGGAGAACUCCGAGCUGGACCUCAUGGUUAGGAUGGUGGAGAUUGUUCGUACACAUGAUCCAGAUAUACUUACAGGUUACGAAGUUCAUGGGAGCUCCUGGGGCUAUCUCAUCGAACGAGCCAGAUUCAAGUACGACUACAAUUUGUGUGACGAGUUUUCGCGAAUGAAGUCCCAGUCAUUUGGACGAUUUGGGAAAGAAGCUGAUCGCUGGGGUUUCAACACAACGUCGACUAUCCGUGUCACUGGUCGUCAUAUGAUCAACAUCUGGAGAGCGAUGCGCAGCGAGCUCAACCUCCUUCAGUAUACCAUGGAAAAUGUUACGUGGCAUCUGUUACACCAGCGUGUCCCCCAUUACUCAUGGCAAACACUGAGCGACUGGUAUUUGAGUGGGAAGUCGAGAGACUUGGGCAAGAUUCUUCGCUACUAUUUGAGGCGGACCAAGCUUGACAUUGAUAUUCUUGAAGUCAAUGAGCUAAUACCUCGAACCAGCGAGCAAGCGCGAUUGCUUGGUGUUGACUUCUUCUCGGUCUUCUCCCGAGGUUCUCAGUUCAAGGUCGAGUCGAUCAUGUUUCGGAUCGCCAAGCCCGAGAAUUUUGUCUUGGUCUCGCCGAAUCGGAAGCAAGUUGGUGGUCAGAACGCCCUUGAGUGCCUGCCUCUGGUCAUGGAGCCACAGAGCUCGUUCUACAGUAGUCCGGUACUAGUCCUGGACUUCCAAAGUCUGUAUCCGAGUGUCAUGAUAGCGUACAAUUACUGCUAUUCGACGUUUCUGGGGCGGAUUGUUAACUGGAGAGGUGCCAACAAGAUGGGCUUCACGGAUUACAAGAGACAGGAACGACUCUUGGAGCUUUUGAAGAACUAUAUCAACAUCGCCCCCAACGGAAUGAUGUACUGCAAGACUGAGGUGCGAAAGUCAUUGUUGGCAAAGAUGCUCACAGAAAUCUUGGAGACUCGAGUCAUGGUCAAGAGUGGCAUGAAACAAGACAGAGAUGAUAAAACGCUCCAGCAACUGCUGAACAACAGACAGCUGGCUCUGAAGCUACUUGCCAACGUAACCUACGGUUACACCUCGGCCUCUUUCUCUGGCCGUAUGCCGUGCUCAGAGAUAGCGGACAGCAUUGUUCAGACGGGACGGGAGACACUUGAGAGGGCUAUUGCACUCAUCCAUUCGGUUCAGAAAUGGAAAGCGGAGGUCGUGUACGGAGACACGGACAGUUUGUUUGUCCACCUACCAGGCCGAACGAGAGAUCAAGCAUUCGACAUUGGUAACGACAUCGUUAAGACGAUCACGGAUAUGAAUCCCCGGCCAGUGAAGCUCAAGUUUGAGAAAGUAUAUCACCCCUGUGUCCUCCUCGCAAAGAAGCGCUACGUGGGUUACAAAUACGAGUCUCGAGAGCAAGCCAAACCCGAAUUCGAAGCCAAGGGCAUUGAGACUGUCCGAAGGGAUGGCACACCUGCCGAGCAGAUGAUCGAGGAGAAGGCCUUGAAGAUCCUCUUCGAGACCGCCGACCUCAGCCAGGUCAAGUCGUACUUCCAGAAGCAAUGCGAGAAGAUCAUGCGUGGGGCUAUUUCGAUCCAGGACUUCUGUUACGCGAGAGAGGUCAAACUAGGCACCUACAGCGACAAGGGCCCUCCUCCGCCAGGUGCCCUGAUCAGUACCAAGAGAAUGCUCGAAGACGCGCGGGCCGAGCCUCAAUACGGCGAGCGUGUGCCUUACGUCGUGGUGACGGGCGCUCCUGGGGCUCGCCUCAUCGACCGCUGCGUCGCCCCGGAGGACCUUCUGGCGAACCCGCACCUCCAGCUCGACGCCGAGUACUACAUCUCCAAGAACCUGAUCCCGCCGCUCGAACGCAUCUUCAACCUGGUUGGCGCCAACGUCCGCCAGUGGUACGACGAGAUGCCCAAAGUGCAACGCAUUCACCGCGUCGAGCAAGGCGGUGUGCUCACGAAGAAAACGCUAGAGUCGUACAUGAAGGCGGCGGCGUGUCUCGUCUGCAACGGCAAAACCGGCACCGAGGGCGGGGCCAUCUGCGAGCGGUGUCUGACGAACGCGCCCGCCAGCCUGCUGAAGCUUCGCGCCCAGCUGGGCAGGGAGGAGAAGAAACUGCUGGAUGUGAACAAGGUAUGCCAGAGCUGCGCGGGGCUGGCACCCCUGGAUGAUGUACCAUGUGAUAGCAAGGACUGCCCUGUGUUCUACACGCGGAUGAAGCAGUUGUCCAGGUAUAGGACUGAGAAGGGGUUGGUGGAGCCAGCUGUCACGCAGCUGGUCGAAGAGGUUGAUCGAAGGGACUUGGAAUGGUGA